AUGGCAAAGCCUCUCACAGGGAGUGAAGCCAUGAGCUUGAGAUUCGAUCAGGAAUGUUCUCCAUAUGCUGCACAUCUCUAUGAUGCAGAAAACCCACGGAGCCCGCUGAGAAGCCUCCCUAGGACUUUGUAUUGACUACUCCUCCACUGCUACUCUGCCAUCCGCCUGCUGACUGGUGACAAGCACAUCCAGGAGUGCUGCAAGAUGAACAGGAUCCACUUCUGCCACCUCCUGCAGCUCCAGGAUGAGGACUACUGUUUUCCCUAGGUGCUGCAGAACUCGUCCCUGAGCUGCAGCCUGGGCUUGGUGCUGGAGGAGUGUGGGGGCUGUGUCCAGCUGUGCCUGGCUGAGGUUGCCAGUGGCCUGAGGAACCCGGUGCUGACUGCCCACGCUGCUGAUGGGACCCACCACGCCUUCAUAGCUGAGCAGCUGGGUCUCGUCUGGGUCUACCUACCCAAUGGCAGCUGGCUGGAGGAGCCAUUCCUGGAUAUUCAGAGCCUAGUGCUGGCUACCCCAUGGCUAGGGGAUAAGAGGGGCUUCCACCCCAAGCAGAAGGACAAUGGGGAGUUUUAUAUCUGUUACUCAUACAUGGCUAAGAACCGAGUGGAAAAGAUCAGGAUCAGUGAAAGGAAGGUUUUGGCAUCUGAUGCCAACAAAAUUGACCCAAGCUCUGAAAGGAUUCUCCUGAAGCUUGAGGAACAAGCUGCAAAUCACAACGGUGGGCAGCUGCUCUUUGGUGUGGAUGACUAUUUGUAUGUAUUCACAGGGGAUGGAGGGAAAGCUGGAGACCGUUUUGGAAAAUUUGGGAAUGCUCAGAACAAGAGCACUUUGUUGGAGAAAGUGUUGAGGAUUGAUGUGGAUGGAAGAAACCUUGAUGGAAAGCCUUACCGCAUCCCUCCUGAUAAUCCAUUCGUGUCUGAUCCCAAAGCUUGCCCAGAGGUUUAUGCCUAUGGAGUCAGGAAAUGGUGCUGUGCAGUGGACAGAGGGGACCCUAUCACAAAAAAGGGAAGAGGGAGGAUAUUCUGUGGGGAUGUCGGGUAGAACAGGUUUGAGGAAAUCAACCUCAUUGUUAAAGGAGGGAACUAUGGCUGGAGAGCAAAGGAGGGGUUUGAAUGCUACGACACAAAGCUUUGCCACAACUCCUCCAUGGCAGUUCCCUUGGUGGAUAACAGAGAACACAGGAGAGCUCCACCAGGGAAGUGUAAAUACAAGCCUGUUCCAAUGAAAAUGAACAGCAAACAGAUACAAUUUCUUCCAUGAGCCAAGACUGUCCUUGAGCUGCUAAAUGAACCUUCAAGAACCAUGCCUUCAAAAAAACCUUCUACCCUCACUGCAGCCACCCCAAGAGUUUCUUCUAAGAAAGCAAAAAAGACCACAUCCACCAAAGUAAAAGCAUCAACAGGAAAACCAGCUCCAUCUGAGAGACAGCAAAUCAAAGCUGAGGCUAAACCUCACAAGGGAAAGAAGACUGGACACAACUCCAGAACUGCACUGGCACCACCUUUGCCAAAAAAGAAGAGCUCCCACCUAGCUAGAAUCCAGGAGGUUCUUCCAAAGAAAGCACUACCUAAGGAAAAAGUGGAGAAGACAAGCAAAAUAGCUUUUGAAGCUCAGUGA